UCUUUACGGCAAGCCGCGUUUGACGCUCCCAAUAUGGCGUUCCCCACUUAGGCAGGGCUGUGGCUGCUACCCUAGAUGGCCGUGGGCAGCGCUAACUUGGGGCUGUUGUCUGUCUAACCCAGGCUGCAGAAAGCUGCAGUUAAAGUUCGUUUCUGGUCACGGCUCCAGAAACCCACCCUCCUCUGAGGGUCAAGAAUCGCUGCUUCCUUCUAGUUCCCGCAAGUUCCUCAUCUGCUCCUAGCUUGUUUCCCGCGCCACCUCCGGACACCCUCAAGUCCCUGACACCCCCAGACUCAAACUAUGAGCCUUCGGCAGCUGCUUUUGCGCUUGCCCUGUUAUCUCGGGGCCUCGGGGCCCCGGCGUGGCCCCCUCGACACCAUCGCCUCGGUGGUCUCCUGGCGUGGUCAGUCCUCCAGGUCCCCGGCCCACUGGAACCAAGUGGUGUCAGAGGCGGAGAAGAUCGUGGGCUACCCCACGUCCUUCAUGAGCCUCCGCUGCCUGCUGAGCGACGAGCUCAGCAACAUCGCUAUGCAGGUGCGGAAGCUGGUGGGGACUCAGCACCCUCUGCUUACCACAGCCAGGGGCCUUGUACACGACAGCCAGAAUAACCUCCAGUUGAGAGGCUUGGUGGUGCUACUUAUUUCCAAGGCAGCUGGGCCCAGCAGUGUGAAUGCUUCAUGUCAGAGCUAUGACAUGGUCAGUGGUAUCUAUUCAUGUCAAAGAAGUUUGGCAGAGAUCACAGAACUUAUCCAUACUGCUCUUCUUGUACAUCGUGGGAUAGUAAAUUUAGAUGAAUUGCAAUCUUCUGAUGGGCCACUGAAAGACAUGCAGUUUGGAAAUAAAAUAGCUAUCCUGAGUGGAGACUUUCUUCUAGCAAAUGCUUGCAAUGGACUAGCUCUGCUACAGAACACCAAGGUUGUGGAACUUCUAGCAAGUGCUCUUAUGGAUUUGGUACAAGGAGUAUACCAUGAAAAUUCUAAUUCAGCAAAGGAAAAUCAUAUCACAGAUGAUAUUGGAAUAUUGACUUGGAAGGAGCAGACUUUUCUCUCCCAUGGUGCCUUAUUAGCAAAGAGCUGCCAAGCUGCAAUGGAAUUAGCAAAGCAUGAUGCUGAGGUUCAGGAUAUGGCAUUUCAGUAUGGGAAGCACAUGGCCAUGAGUCAUAAGAUAAAUUCUGAUCUCCAGCCUUUUAUUAAGGAAAAGACCAGUGACUCCUUGACUUUUAAUCUAAACUCAGCUCCUGUAGUCUUACAUCAGGAGUUUCUUGGAAGAGAUUUGUGGAUUAAGCAGAUCAGAGAGGCUUUCAAAAAUUGGGCUAUGGUAAUAGCACCACCCUUUAACUGAUGGCAAUUUCCUGUAUGUAGACUCUAGCACAAGCUGCAGAAUUCCAGGAGCUCUGCCUGUCACUUCAUUGGGUUAUUUUAAAACAAACUUGGAUCCUGAAUACUCAAGUUCUGAGGCAUUAUCAAAGGAAAAAAAAAAAAAAGUAUGGUUAAGUAGGAGGGGUAAAGGGACUUGGGUGAAUUUUCUACUUUUUUGUUGGGGAGGGAAGGUAUGGAAGAUGAGAGGAAGCUUUUUUGGGUUUUUCUUAAAUCCAGAAACUUUUUUGGUUUUUUUUAAAUCCAGGUACAAAAAGUUCUUGCCUUUUUAUCCAAAACUUCAUGGAAUUUAUUUAACUUGGUGGUUCUAAUUGAUUGGGUUAAUCUGAGACUGGACAUGGGAAAGCAGGCACAGCUGAGGUGGAGGUAGAUGUCACACUUCAAGUAGAGAGAGCCUAAGAUAUCUGCUUUUGGAAAGACAAGAUUUUCCCUCUCCAACCACUCCUCCCUAGUAGAUCUCAAAAUACUUACAGCCAGCUUAAAAUAGUCACCAGGUAGAAAAUGAGAGGAUUCCUUUCUGGGGAAACUGUCAAACCCAGAGGAAAAGCUCUGCAGAUGUGGACUUUUGGGGCUCCCUCCGUAAACAUGCCAUAACCCUGGCCAGCUGCCUUACAGUGAGGUCCACCAGUUGACAAGCCUCAGAGUAUCCAAGGGCACAGAAUAUCCAACUGAAGUAGAAUAGCUAAUAAAGGACCACUGGGCAUUUGAGAGCAGCCUCUGCCAUUAAAGAACAACUCAAAAGCAAACUGAUUAAAAAAAAAAAAAAAAAGGAGGGAACUUAGAGGAAACAGAGGCAGUGCAAGGGGGAAAAAAGACAUUUCCAAAUGUACUACAAUCAGUAUAUUCAGUGAGAUAAGAUAUUAAAUCCAUGAAAUAAGAACAGGUGAUAUGUAAAAAAGGACAAUUCAAGAAUAAGAAAUCAGAAUUAUAAAGUAUAAAAAUAUGAAAGCAGAAUUUUUUAAAAAAAUCAGAAGAAGGGGCUUCCCUGGUGGUGCAGUGGUUAAGAACCCGCUUGCCAAUGCAGGGGACACAGGUUUGAGCCCUGGACCGGGAAGAUCCCACGUGCUGCGGAGCAACAAAGCCCGUGCGCCACAACUACUAAGGCUGUGCUCUAGAGCCCGUGUGCCACAACUACUGAAGCCCAGGCACCUAGAACCCGUGCUCCGCAACAAGAGAAGCCACCACAGUGAGAAGCCCGUGCACCGCAACAAAGAGUAGCCCCCCGCUCACUGCAACUAGAGAAAGCCCUCGCGCAGCAAUGAAGAUCCGAAACAGCGAAAAAUAAAAUAAAUAAAUUUAUUUUUUUUAAAAAUCAGAAGAAGAGUGGAAGAUAUUUUAAAAAUCUCCCAGAAAAUUGACUAAAAAGACAAUAGAAAAUUGAAAAGAUAAGAAAAUUAGAGGACCAAUUUGAGAGAUCUUAUAUCUAUUAUGAGUCCCAGAAAGAGACUUAAUGAAAAUGGAGGUGAAAAAUUAAUAAAGAAUUAAAAGAAAAGAAAAAUUCUAAGAAAUGAAGGACCUGAAGGUGUCUCCAAAUUGAAAUGGCACUCUAAAUUGUGAAUUUUAAAAGACCCACACCAAGUGACAUCAUUAUCAAAUUUUGAAACAAUGGGGAUAAAGAAGAUAUCUUAAUACUUCCAGAAAGAAAAACCUACGUACAAAGGAUCAAGAAUCAGAAUUGUCUUAGUAGUGACAUUGAAAGCUUAAAGACAAUGAAGUAAUAACUUCAACAUUCAAAGAGAAAUUGUUUCCAGCUUAGAAUUUUAUGCCAGUCAUACUAUCAAGUGUGAUGUUAAAGACGAUUAAAGCAUAAAUAAAGUGUCAAAAAACUUACCUCCUAAGCAUCUCUUUUUAGGUAGCUGGUGAUGUAUUCUAUCAAGGGAAUAACCAAGAAAGAAAAAGAUGUGGAAUUUAGGAACUAGGGCAUCAGACAUAGGUGUGAGAUGUUGGGAAUUCCCAGGACAAUAUGAAGGGAAGAAUAAUAAACAACAACAAGAAUGCCAACAAUAAGAGCACUUACUUUGUGCCAACCACUGUUCUAAUGAGAAACCUGAAGCAGAGAGAGAUUAACUUGAGCACAGUCACACAGCACUGGUAAGUGGUGGAGCCAGGAUGCAAACCCAGGCAGCCUGGCUACAGGGCCCACAUCUGUAAGUACAAUAACAUGCUACACUGUCUCUCACCAAGCAAGUCCUAGGCUGAUGGCUCUGCAUCCAGGCUCGAUUGGGACAAGAGGACAGAGAUCUCCAGAAGUAAUAUCUCCAAGGAAACAAUGGAACUGAUGAUCCCCUAAUGUACUUGACCAUAUUGAGAAUUUAGGGACAAAUUAAUAAUAGGAACAUAGAAGACUAAGGGUACCAGUUACCACUGCUGCAUAACAAAUUACCCCAAAACUUAGCUGCUUAAAAUAACCAUUUUAUUAUGUUCAUGGAUUCUGUGGGUCAGGAAUUUGGACAAUGCACAGAAGCGAUGACUGCUCCAUGAUGUCUGGGGCCUCAGCUGGAAAGACCCAGAGGCUAAAGGUGAUUCAGUGAUGCUGGGGACUGGAAUCAUCUGGAGUCUCCACUCACACCUGGCACCUAGGCUGGGCUGUCAAGAAAACCAGGCUUCUUACCAACCAGAGUAUUCACACAUGGCUCCUCCAUUUGGCUUGGCUUCCUCACAGCAUGGCAGCCUCAGAGUAGUCAGACUUCUUUCUUGCCAACUCAGAUCUCCAAACACAAGUGUUCCUUCCAGCAAACAAGGCAGAGGCUGCAUCUUCUUUUAUGACCAGCCUCUGAAAUCACCCGCCAUUUUCAUGAUCUCCUAUCAAAAUAGUCACAAGCCCACCCAGAAUCAAGGGGAGGGGCUGUAUACCUCACCUAUCACUGGGAACAAUUUCAAAGAAUUUGGGGCCCACUUUUUUAAACAGCCACAUUAAACAUAUGAUAUGAAAUGAGGCACUUCUUAGCUGUAGUGAAUAAAUUUUUAAUGUAUAAGAAAGAAAAUGUAAUCAUAAUACUUUACAUGGCUUAGAGGAUAAUAUUUAUAUAGCAUAAAAACGUAAAUACCAAAUACUGAUUUAAACCAGAAAGUAUCACUGGGGAGAGGGUAGGGGAAAGGAAUGUUUUUGGUCAUGUAAGAAAUGUAAUUAUUCCUUUUAUCAUAGGAUCAAUAGAUAAUGUCUUAAAAUUUAAAAAUCAAGAAAACAGUAUUUGAAGAUGAACAGAAGAAACAGCUAAAGAGAGGGAAAUGAGACAGACAAAGUCUGGAGAGUGCUAGGAUAUUUUGUUAGAAGUCUUGUGUUAUUAGACUCUUUAAAUACUGUACAUAUAUAUAUAUAUAUUUUUAAAACCUUUGGUUUAAAAGUUUAUAUACUUUGCUAUAGUAAUUGCACCUCUAGUAAUGUAUCCCAAGAAAAAUGUCAGAGA